GCUUUGAAGUUUUCGGGGAAUCUGAGCAGAUCAGAGAGGCUUUGCUAAAUGAUUUGAUCAAGGAUGGUCUCAUCACUCACAGGGCUUUGGAAGUUCCAGUGGAUCCUCACCCGGGGCAACGAGGAAAGCCUUUGACUCCGUGUCUCUUCUUUUCAGUCUACGACGAGCAGCAGGUCUGGUGCAUGGAUAGCGAGGCGCAAAGGACGGAGACCACGACUCCGGUGGAUGAUGCCACUCUUUUGCCAGAGGCCGCAGCCGAGGUCGAGGAGAAUAGCGAGAAGUUGAUGCCACCCUGGAGCCCUCUGAUGGAUGUGGUUCGGGAGCUCUUGCAAGAUUUGCACAGCAAGCUGGUGACUUUUAUGCAGAACCCGGCAGAGCAGAUUGUCGUUGCUUUGCGCACCGUCCAUGAGGAAGGGCUUUUGGAAGCGACCACAGAGGCAGGCGAAGGAAACUGCAGGACCUCGCGAGGCUUUCCCAGCGCCAGCUGCCAAGCCGAGAUUGACGUUCUUCCAACGACAGCUGUGGCAGACUACGAAACGACCGGAUGGCAGCCCUAA